UUCAUUCAGUGUGAGAGAGAGAAGAGCAAAAUCAGUAUCAGUUUCACUUUUUUUUUUAGAAAAUAUUAAAAAUACAACAUUUUUCGUGUAAAAUAUAUAUCAGGGAUUUGAAAACUCGACUCAACAUUAAAACACGUAUCAAAAACCAUACAAUUUGAACCCACCAGUAUUGUGAAAUUUACAACAAACACAAGAUAACAGCAUACGCGUAAAUUGACAUUUGUUGGAACUCCCAUACAGACGACAGACUUGUUGUAAACCAAAAAAAAAGAAGCUCUACGCCGAAGAAAUGGUUAAAUUAUUUUCCUUAAGUGUUUUCUAUAAGGGUAGCCCCGAAGCAAGACUGCUCAAGUCCACAUAUGAUUUGCAAUCGUUUUCAUUUUUCCAAAGGACAGCAGUGCAGGAGUUUAUGACUUUUGCCUCAAAAACCCUGGUGGAACGCACACAACCGGCUAUGCGCCAAUCUGUGAAACAGGAUGUUUAUAUGUGUCAUGUCUAUGUGAGAACAGAUAAUCUGGCCGGAGUCCUGAUUGCCGAUCACGAGUAUCCCCAAAGAGUUGCACACACACUAAUCACUAAAGUCCUAGAGGAAUUUGCAGCAAAAAUACCCACAGAUCAAUGGCAAACGGGUGCUGAGAAUAGCAUAGAUUUUAGUAUAUUACCAUCAUUCUUGGCCAAAUAUCAAGAUCCCAAAGAAGCUGAUGCCUUGACAAAGAUGCAAAAUGAUUUGGACGAAACAAAGAUCAUUUUGAAAAACACCAUUGAGGCAGUGCUGGAGAGAGGUGAAAAACUUGAUGAUAUGGUUGCAAAAUCGGAAAAUUUGUCGAUGCAAAGUAAAGCCUUCUAUAAGACAGCCAAAAAGACAAAUUCCUGUUGUAAUUUUGGUUAAGAUCAGCAAUAUGCAUAAAUCAUUCGAAUAGCUGAAUUUUGCGUGUGCGGUGGGUGUUACAGGCUACAAAACAAGUAAUGUGAAAAGAAACAAAAAAAAACAGAGAGGAAUUAAAAGGGGAUAACUCAAUAAAGAAUACACUAUGUGGAUUAGUAUAAUAAUAGUAACAUUUUUACAAACUAACAAUUAA